CUGCUGACAGUUUAUUUACAACUUUUGGAUUUUCGGGUGACAAUGAAAUGGAACCUAAGAGGUCUACCACAACAUACUCAGCAUUCUUCAUCAAUGACUUGGCUUCAACUGCAAUAUCUCGUUUAGUUCUGCGUGGCUUAACUCAACACAGUCUCUCCUCCUGUUGCUGCUAUUGGCGCAGCUGCUUGUCCUUUCGUGGUCACGCCCCACACACAAGUGCCCCCUCUUUGCCCAACUGACAAUGAUGGUCCAGCAAAUGAGAAGCCUGCAGAUGCUGACAAGGAAUCUACAGAGUGAAAGUGAAUUCAGCGGUAUAGAGCUUCUAGAGUACAACCUAGACUCUCUUCCAGAGAUGGAACACACAGCAAAUCACCUCAGUUCACUAAAGCUAAACGACUCCCUUUCACAACUUUACACGGAUCUCCGCUCCUUUAAGCUGCACCUUGAUUGGCUGAUUGAUGUCCGAGUCAGUAUGAGCCUGCCAGUCUCUCCCAAGACAGUAGAGGUCACCAGAGGCCUGCAGCAUAUCUCAAGCCUCUGCUCUACUGCACUACAGCAGAUUGCGUGCCCACUACCCCAGAUUUCCAUUCCUUCUUUCCCAACGCAACUCAGAACCUGGGACGUGGUCCUCCUCUCCUACGAGAUUCCUGAACGGUUAGGAUUUUACUGUCAAUGGUCUACCAGAGUGCUGGUCCUCCUUAGGUCAAAAGUUCAGGGCCUUUGACAUCAAGGUUUCCGCCAUCUAGGUUCCUACUCUUUACGACAACAAAUGCCUUCCUCCAAAGCACUGAACCAAGUUCUAUUUUAGCGCCUGGCUACGCAGACGCUCGUUGACGCACGCAAACAGUUUGGAUUAAAUUAUUGAAUAACAUGUGUACAUUUAUUUUGCAACGCUUGCGAACAUGCUGACCGCACCGCUAGCGUUACGGGCGUUUACAUUUUAGUCAUUUAGCAGACGCUCUUAUCCAGAGCGACUUACAGUUAGUGAGUGCAUAAAUUUUUCA